UUAUAAAACAGGUUUUUUACUUUUUGUAAACACUUUAAAUAAUGCUCUAUCUGUUUGUUUUGGGCCUAUUUUUUGCCCCAAUUUCGUCGAAAUCAUUGCCGUCAAAUAUUCGUAAAUGUAGUAAGUCGGACCCCAAUUUCAACAAAUGUCUGGAAGAAAGCGCUCAAGAUGCCAGUCGUAAAUUCGCUCAAGGCAACAAGGAUUUAGGGAUUGUGCCUUUGGAGCCUUUUCAUAUUAAAAAAAUCGAUUUAGGGAAUAACACAUCGGGGGCUGUUACUUUACACCAAAUCUACGAAAAUAUGGACAUUUAUGGAAUGACUAAUUCGAGUAUAAGUGAUAGCGAAGCCAACUUUACCGGAGAUAAUUGUUACUGGAAUUAUAAAGUUCGAGGUUCUCUUGUUCGAAUGGUUUCUGAUUAUACCAUGUCGGGCCAAUUGUUGAUUUUUCCCAUCAAUGGACACGGCAAAUGCACUAAUUAUCUAUACGAUUAUGAUGGUGAUUACGAGGCGAAAUGCGAGCGCUAUAUCAAAAAAAAUAAAACUUGUUUGAGAGUCACCGAUUUUAAAUUCGGUUUCAAACCGAAGAGAAUUGUUUUCGAUUUUGAGAAUAUUAUAGAUGGGAAUGAACAAUUAAGCAAAGAAGUCGUUAAGACACUUAAUGAAAAUUCAGAAACGGUUUAUGCCGACGUGGGGCCAGCUUUCAAUCAAGUCAUGGGAAUGGUUUGGAAGCAGACUAUAAAUCAGGUGUUUUCGAGGGUGCCCGAAGAUGAACUUUUCUUACCUUGACUCGGUUUGAAGUAUGUUGUAAAAGGAAUGUGUGCAAUAAAAUAAAAAAUGCGUUGA